UGUUUUUGUUUCCUGGCUCCCCAGCUGCCCUGACCCUUCCCUUCCCUCCCCUCUCUCUUUCUUUCUCUUGCUCUCCUCGGCCCAUUCCAGUUCUCUCCUCUCCUCCCUGCGGUUGUGAGUGCGUUUUUGGUUGAGCGAUGUGUUGUUCGGUGGGUUUUGCCAGGUCUCUGGGUCUGGCCCUGCUGCCCCUGGCCCUCUGCUGUAUCCUUGCCAACCUACUGCUGCUGUUUCCCAUGGGACAAGUCACCUACAUCCAGCAGAACCGCCUGGACAGCUACAUCUGGUACUUUGGUGGACUAGGAGGAGGUGGAGUGCUGAUGCUGUUUCCAGCUGUGGUCUUCAUCACUCUGGGGAAAUGUAGCUGCUGCUGGAAUGAGAGUGUAGUGAUGUGCGGGUCAGUGUUGACAGCUGUGGUCGGCAUGGUGGGGUCUGGCUACUGUUUCAUCAUGUCAGGAUUCGCCUUGGUGCAGGGCCCCCAGUGCUUCACCUCUUAUGGAUGGUCGUAUCCCUUUGCAGACCAGUGGGGCAGGUAUCUCUUACAACCAGAGACUUGGUCACGGUGUCUUCAGCCGGUUCAUAUCGUAGAGUGGAACGUGACUCUGCUGUGUGUGCUACUGGGCCUGGCGGUGCUGGAGUUCAUCAUCUGUCUCUUACAGCUGGGAAACGGUUUGGUCAACGCCGUCUGCCGGCCCUGUUGCUACAAGCAGGAGUAUAGUCUAAAUGCUUAGAUCUAAAGACACAUACAUACGUGUAUGUAGACUCACCUGCUGAGAGUCACACACUCGACAUGUAUGCAUACACACAGGACGUUAAUGGACACAUGCAUACGCGGGAGUCUGCACACACAGCUUUAUUGCCCAGCACCAACCUUACUUAAACAGACUGACCUACAGUACACAUGCAGUAUCCUGGACACUUGACUGCUGCAUCAGUAUAUUCGUUAUAUUUUCAAGCUUUUAAUGUGCCUGUUAAAUUGGAAAAAAUCUCUAUACGGU